AUGGACUAGUCGGAAUCAGUCAAACAUUUCUCUCGAAUUCAAUCCUAAUGCCAUUCUCAACACGCCGGAAAUGAUAAGAAAAGCGGGUUAUCCUGCGGAAUCUCACGUUGUAAUGACGGAGGACGGCUAUCUCUUGACGUUACAUCGUAUCCCAGGUGGCAACGAUUCUUUACCCGUGCUGCUGCAGCAUGGUUUGUUAGGCAGCUCCGCUGACUGGCUUGUUCUUGGCAAAGACAAAGCAUUCGCUUACCUAUUAGCAGAUCAGGGAUAUGAUGUUUGGUUGGCAAAUUUUCGUGGUAAUAUUUACUCGAGGGCACAUGUUUCCCUGUCACCGUCGAAUCCAACAUUUUGGGAUUUCAGCUACAACGAAAUGGGCAUCUAUGAUUCACCAGCGAUGAUCACAUUUAUCACGAAUAUGAGAUCCCAACUAUUGCAUACAUAUAUUGGUCACUCAAUGGGCGCAAAUAGUUUUUUCAUAAUGGCAUCAGAGCGUCCGGAAAUCGCGCAAAUGGUGCAAAAGAUGAUCAGUCUCGCACCAGCAGUCUUUAAAAACCACAUGCAGAGUCCGAUACAAUACUUCUACCCAUUUCAAAAUGAGCUUAAGUUGGCGAUGCAAUUGUUCUUUCACGAUGAAUUCUUCGGUGAUUCUGUAAGAUUUCUUUUGGAAGAUAUCUGUGACCAGAACAUUGAAUUUUGUUUCAAUAUGAUAUCUAUGAUCUGGGGUGAUGAUCGCGAACAGUUUAACAUUACUCUAUUGCCUGUCAUCUUGAAAAAUGCUCCGGCCGGCACCUCGAUUAAGACUAUUCUGCAUUUCAUCCAGGUAUUUGAAUCAGGCAAGUUUCGCAAAUAUAAUUACGGUCGCGAGAGAAAUCUAUUGAUUUAUAAUUCGACGGAACCACCAAAUUAUAAUUUAUCGAAUACCACAGUACCAAUCGCGUUGUUUUACGCCGAUAAUGACUGGAUAGUUGACACAGAGGAUGUGAAAAGGUUGUACCAUUCACUGUCCAAUGUAGUGGAUAUGUACGAAGUGCCGUGGUCCAAAUUUAAUCAUGUGGAUUUUAUAUGGGCAAAAGAUGCGCCAAAACUGGUAUACGAUAGGAUUCUCAAGAUCAUGAAAGGAGAAAAUCCAAAAAACGUUACAUCAAUCAAAUAAUAUUGUCAACAAUCAAAAUUAAAGAUAAAUGUUACACUCUAGAUUUUCAGUAAUAUUGU